CCACUUAUACAUGUAUCAACACGCCAAUACAUGGCAGCCGUGUGCCUAUCGAGUUGGGCGGAUGGCUCAACCCAAAUUCUAAUUGCUGCCAUUGACAAGUACAAAUCGCGGAGAUUGGCUUUUUUUACGUCACUAUCUGUCCUUCAGUGGCUAAUAUUUUUGACAUUUUGAAACGCAAUGCCAUCCGUAGAUCUCUCCAAGCUCACGUUCCGACUUGUCGCCAACGAAAAGGAAGUGCGGGACGCCCACCUCAUCGAAGAAACAGAGUAUCCUGCCGACGAAGCCGCAAGUCUCUCCGCCAUGCUAUACCGUUUCCAAACCGCGCCAGAGCUGUUCCUUGGUGCCUUUGAUACCGAUGGAAUUGUCGGCUAUAUCAUGUCGACGCGGUCAUCACUGCCACUAGUCACCCACGAGGCAAUGGAAAGGAGCGACCCCAAGGGACAGACGGUCUGCAUCCAUUCAGUCUGCACGCGCCAAGACUGGCAGCACAAAGGGCUGGCGACACAGUUGCUGCUAAAGUACACGAAGCUGGCGAGGGAGCUGGGCAAUGUCAGCCGUCUAGCAAUGAUGUCGCGCGAGAACCUGGUUGGGUUUUAUGAGCGUGCAGGAUACAAGUGCUUGGGCCCGUCUGAUGUCCAGCACGGCGAAGAAAAAUGGUACGACUGCAUUAUCGUUUUGUGACUCAAAAUAAACUAAAA